CGACUGCUGAGCGUAGCGUGGCCAGAGAUAAAGCUAAAAGAGGAGGCAACGAGCUGCCUUCAUCACCCCUGUGUUUUCUCUCAGAGGAGCCGUCGGUGUGAGGAAGGAGGCCCGGCUGAGGAGGAGGAGGAGGAAGAGGAGGAGGCGUUUGAAUACUGCUGUUAGUCAAGAUCCAUCCUGAGCCUCUGACCUCUGACUUGUGACCCCUGCUGGCUGGUCUGUGUUGGACCUCUGCUGUUGGUCCUGGCUGCGGUGAUGAUGAUGAUGAAGAGGAGGAUGAGUUGCAGCCACAGCUUAACUGCACGUGUUGGCGUGUGAAAGGAAGGCAAAGGUUGUCGCACCUGCAGCACACUGAGGAAUAAGUCCCUGGAAGUCUUGGAAUAUAAAGCAGAGGAUCUUUGGAAGUCCUUGAAAAACAGGAUCCUUGAAUACAGAACCUGUGGAACUGGAAUGUAAAAAUCCGCACAGAGGAUACAGCACAUUUAUAAUCUUCUGACCUUACAACAAGGAACAAAAUUUGUGGGAUUUCUGGGGCGUAAACUUGAGAUACAAAACUCCUGGAUGUCCUUGGAUUUUCCUUUGAAUUUAAGUAUGCAAAAACUAGAAAUAAGUUCAAGUUAAAGAACACUAAGCCACUGAAGUAAAGCUGUUACUCGAGGAGUUUGUGUUCUGAAACUUAAUUUUUUUUGGAGCGGAGUUAUUUUUCCUGCUCAGACUUUUUCACAGUUUAUUUUUCCUCUUCUUGCUCUUGUCCACCUUGCUGUUGGGAGUCUUCAUCCUAUUUUGACUUUCAUCCUCCCCUUGGCUGGAGGACAUGGCUCUGUCUCCUUCGAUACGAGAACGGGCGACAGGCAGUUGACUCCUGCAGGGAGUGAGGACGAGAGACACACAAGGGGAGGGAGAAGAAGAGAAAGCGGGGAGAAUGUCGUGGAAGAGGAACUACUUUGCGUCAGGUGGUGGUGGAGGAGUUGGAAGCGGCGCUGGCGGCAGCGCUGGUGUUGGUGGUGUUGUUGGUAGUGGCGGGAUGCAGGGGAUGUUGGCACCUCGCACCAUGACGUCCAUCGCUCCCAGUAAAGGGCUGAGCAACGAACCAGGACAGAACAGCUGCUUCCUGAACAGCGCCCUGCAGGUUCUGUGGCACCUUGAUAUCUUCAGACGUAGUUUUCGUCAGCUGACGACUCAUAAGUGUAUGGAGGACUCGUGCAUUUUCUGUGCUCUGAAGAGUAUCUUCGCCCAGUUUCAAUACAGCAGUGAGAGAGUUUUACCAUCUGACGCUCUUCGCAGCGCGCUCGCCAAAACCUUCCAGGACGAGCAGAGGUUUCAGCUCGGCAUCAUGGACGAUGCUGCAGAGUGCUUUGAAAACAUCCUGAUGAGGAUUCACUUCCACAUUGCAGACGAGACCAAAGAAGACAUCUGCACAACCAGACACUGCAUCCCGCACCAGAAGUUUGCCAUGACGCUCUUCGAACAGUGUGUGUGCAGCAGCUGUGGAGCGUCCUCAGACCCUCUGCCCUUCAUUCAAAUGGUCCACUACAUCUCCACCACCUCCUUGUGUAACCAGGCAGUGAAGAUGUUGGAGUCGAGGGAGAAAGCGACUCCUGGCAUGUUUGGGGAGCUGCUGCGAAACGCCAGCAUGGGAGACCUGCGCAGCUGUCCUAGUCAGUGUGGCCAGCAGCUCAGGAUGGCUCGUGUCCUCCUCAACAGUCCAGAAAUCAUCACCAUCGGUCUGGUUUGGGAUUCGGAUCACUCGGACCUGGCUGAGGACGUCAUUCACACCCUGGGAACCUGCCUGCAUCUGGGAGAUUUGUUUUACAGGGUGACGGAGGAGAAGGCUCGUCAGGCAGAGCUCUACCUGGUUGGCAUGGUGUGCUAUUACGGGAAACAUUACUCCACCUUCUUCUUUCAGACGAAGAUCCGACGAUGGAUGUACUUCGAUGAUGCACACGUCAAGGAGAUCGGUCCCAAGUGGAAGGACGUGGUUUCUCGCUGCAUCAAGGGCCACUACCAGCCUCUGCUCCUGCUGUACGCCGACCCGCGGGGGACGCCGGUGUCGGUCCAGGACCUGCCCUCACGCUUCGACCUCCGCAGCCUCAACAAGGCCUGUUACGACAGCGAAGACUCGGGCCGCGAGCAGUCAAUCUCCAGCGACACUCGCACCGAUUCGUCGACGGAGAGCUACUCGUACCGACAGCCCUCCCACUCGCACCAUGAGUCCCUGGCCAGUCACUACUCCUCUGACUCCCAGGGAACCGUCAUCUGCAUCGAGCGCCCAGACGGACCCCUGCACGCCUCACUCUGCAGCCUGGAUACCAUAGGCCACGUGACGGACAGUGAGCAGCACCAUUCUCUGAGGAAGGGAGGCGGGGCCGGGGAUAGGAGGCGGAGCUCUAGCCGCCACCGGCGAUCUAAACCUGACAACGAAGCCUCCUCGGCCGGGUACCACAGCGAGGGAGAGACAUUAAAGGAGCAGCAGGUUCCUCGUCACCUUCCCAAACCUCCCUCCUCUUUUUCAUCCUCAACCAGUCGCCUCCGAGACUUGAAGGAGACCAUGAGCAACAUCAUCCACAGCCGACCCCUCUCCUCCUCUUCCUCCACUUCUUUACCGGCUGCCGUCCUCUCAUCUGAAAUCGCCUCCUCCACCAACAACCACCUCUACCCUGCCACCACUACCAAUCCCUGCUCCUCCUCCAGUAAGCCCCAGGACUGGGAGGCUGACAGCACCAGCAGCGAGUCCAAGUCCAGCUGCUCAGGGGGAGCAGGGUCAGGGAGGUACCGGCCAGCAUGGAGGCCCCGCAGGGAGGCGCUUAACAUCGAUAGCAUCUUCAACCGUGAGAGGCGAAGGCAGGCAGGAUACAGCCCACUCGGAGCCUCCCUCCCUGACGACUUUGUCGCUCCGCCCUUAGAGGGAGCAGACGCCUCCUUACCAGCCCAGGAGGAGGUGAGGCCUGUCAGGCCCGGCUCCUCCUGGACUCUACCCACGGCUUCCAGCAGCCACAGAGGAGGUGGAGAUGGAACUGCAAGUGGAGGACGUGCAGACCUGCCUCCUCCACCUCCUCCUCCUCCAAGGCUGAUCCAGAGGAUGGAGAGUGGAUAUGAGAGCAGUGAGAGGAACAGCAGCAGCCCUGUCAGCCUCGACCUGAACAUGGGAGACAGGGAGUGUGUUAUGAAGAAGCCUCCCUCCUCCUCCUCCUCCUCUUCCUCAGGACCGUCAUGGAAGAACAUCAGGUCAAAGAGCAGUGGAGCUUUGCUGCAGGAGCUCAGCUCUUCCAGCAGGGGGAGCCUCGCGACCCCUGCAGGCCGCAGCGAGCUGGACGAGCUGCAGGAGGAGGUGCAGAGGAGAGCAAGGGAGGAGGAGCAGCAGCGCCGGCAGGAGAAGGAGAGGGAAGCGGCGCUCGGCUUCAACCCCCGACCCAGCAAGUACCUGGACCUGGACCAGCUGCAGAUACAGGGUAAAAGUGACAGCUUUGAGCGGUGUGUGUCGGAGGCGGAGCUGCUGCUGGACCAGUCGGUGCGUCUGGAGCAGGCAGGCGAGGUCGCCGCUGCGCUGUCGGCGGUCAACGAAGCUGUCUCCAAACUGCAGCUGGUGGCGGCUGAGGGCGGAGCUAGUAGUCACAGCCGGCUGCAGCGCUGCAUGAGGAGAGCCCGCAGCCUGCAGCAACGUAUGCAACUGCAGCAGCAGCAGCAGCAGCAGGACUCAGAGGCAGGCAGACAGCAACCGCAGCAACAACAGGAGGAGGGGCAGCAGCUGCAGGAACAGCCCAGUGAAAAGCCUCUCCCGCUCCAAAUACUUCUGACGGAGAGACAGGGUGACCAAUCAGCUCCUUGUCUGGACCAGCAGGCCCCGCCUCUCUCUCCCUGCCUCAUUAAGCCCCUCCCUCCACAAACGAACUCAUUGUCUGACUCCACCUCCAGUGCCGGGGCCCCCACAAUUUCACCCAGGGAGAGCAGCAGAACCGGAGGCCCCUGCUCUCGCAUCGGGAAGCCCCUCUCCAACACCGGGUCCCUGCCUGCCCUGUGCGUGGACAGCUGGGAGCAGAGCCCCCCGGGAGACUUGGCCCCACCCCCUCCACCUGAGGAGGUGGAGCUUCCUCCCCAGUGGACCAGAACGCCUCCUAUCUCCAUCUCAGCAAAGGCCCAGCCCCCGUCACCUGUUGGCACCAACAACAGUUGUCAUCUGAUGAUGGAGGAGUCGCCAUAUUACCCCCAACACCCACUGAUCACGCCGCGUGCGUCUAGCCCCACACCCAGGCUAGCCCCGCCCUCAUCCUCCUUACCAACCAGGAGCUGGUCCUGCUUACACUCAGACCCACCUGAUGUUGUUGAUUCUCUCGUUGACCCACCAAUCAGCUCGUCCCUUUACUCACCACCAGACUCCCCCUCCAACAUCCCCCCACCUCCACCUGCGAGCCGGCCUGGUCGGACCUCCUCCCCGCCCCCCAGUCAGGACUAUAGAGCAGUCCUACCUGUGGAGCGCUGGGCGGAAAACGUCAACAGAUACUACGGCUCUCAGAAUGCUACAGGAGGAGCAGGGGGAGCGGCGUUGCCCGGUGAGGAGCUGUCGGAGUUGGACUCUCUGUACCAGGCCAGUCUGCUGGCUCCCAGCAUGCACCGGGGCAGCCGAGGAGUCAGUCCUCAGCCAACCAACAACAAACCAGGUGUGAGGAGAAUGCUGUCAGGAUCUGGACGGUCCAAAACUCCAACGGCUGAGAUCGAGAGAUAUGCCUACAGAUCACCGGUUACACCUCAUAAGCCGCCAUCAGGUGAAGAUGAGAACUACAGCGCAGAAAACCUGCGACGCAUCGCCCGCAGCCUGAGUGGAACUGUCAUCGGGUCACGACCCCAAAACCUUGGACCCUCCCACAGCUGCGACCCCUCUGUGCCCAGGCCCCCUCUCAGACACUCCUCCUCUUCCUCCUCCCUCCUCCGUCGCCCCAGCACCUCCUCCCUGCACAUCCCCUCCUCCUCCACCUCCUUCACGACAGAUCACUCCUACCACCACCACCACCUCCUCCAACAACCCCGACACCACGGCCCCUCAGCUCCUGCACAUCCUUCACAGCACCCUCCCUUGCAGACAUCACGGCCCCCGAGCUCGGGCCUCUCCUCCUGGGGACACUCAGGAUCUGGACCAGGCAUCCAGCAGCAGUUUCUGGUUGUGCCUGACAGGCAUCAGGCUCUCUCAGGUCAAAGCCUCCACAGCGUCGCGCUGAAUUACGGCACUCUGCCCCGAGCUCCUCGCCGAGCCCCACCUCCCUCCUCCACCUCCUCCCUCCCCAGACCGAGAGCCAGCUCCGGUCCUGCCCCCCCACUGCCAGGUCCACAGAGUCUCUACGCCACCCUGUCCCACCCUCGCCGCUCAGCCAACACCGCCACUAACGGUCACUACCGGCAACCAUCGCUACCUAUUAAAGUCAAUGGGUCCACCCACUAUACUCCGCACCACCUUAGGGUGCCAGGGGAGGCCCCUGCCCAGCCGCUCCGCCUGGAUGUGCCCCCUGAGACCGACUGGCGCCGUGAUGCGGACUACAGGACUGUCAGCUCCUCCUGGGAUCCGCGUACCGCCCGCCACCACCUGCCCCUCCAGCGGACCGACUCCCACCAGCCUCCCCGGCCCCGCAGGGACCCCCACCUCUGCUCGCUCUGCCAGCAGCUUCCUGCUGAGCCGUCACGCCCCUACUGCCCGUCCUGUGGCGCUUACGUGGCUCGGUUCCGCCCAGUGAGCUGAUCCGGCCUGAGGCUCCCGUGCCCUGCAGACGCCACAGUAGAAGAGUCCAGCUCCCAAGAGUCCAGCUCCCAAUGUCUCAAGAUAAAGUUUCUUUUUUUUUGUAUUUAAAAUGUGCCAAUGUUUCUUUAAAUCCGAUGCUGCCCAAAAUCCCAUCGUUAUGUUGGUGGAUAUCUCACUUUGGAAUAAAACUCUGUGAUUGGUCGGCUGCAGCAGCUUCAUCCGGGGAAACAGACAAGAUGGCCUCGCAGAGUUCUGCCACUUAAAGAACUUCACUAUAGUUUCUUCUCUCCUGCAUCUGUUUCCUCUGAGAAGGAGCUGCUCACAACAAAUCUCCGCCGUUACUCUCCACGUUGUGUUCCCAGCCUGCUCACCUGGUCCUCCCCAGUCUGGACGCUCACAAAAUACAUGACACCACACAGACAGAUCUGCUACACACAGUCUAUGAAUGUCUGCUGGAUUUAAGCACAUUUAGAUUUCUAAUCAAGACAAAGCACCGUGAUACAGACCAGGACCAUGAGAAGGUCGGCAGAUGAUGAUGAUGAUGAUGAUGAUGAUGAAGAAGAACAGAACUGAAAGCAAAGCAGUGUGAUGAUGAAGACACUGCUGUUCAUCUGCUCUCUGUUCAAACUGAUAAAGUUUGAUUGAAACAUGAGAAAAACUGACACAUCAAUAAUCAUUUAACAGGUAGGACUUAUUAGUCUCAAUCUGCUGGGUGUCAGAUUCAUAAUCAGCAUAAACAACGUGUUUAUUAAAUGGUAAGAAACAAAGAAGAGUAAAGGUAUGUAGCUGGAAAAACGACUGGUUCAAUCUACAACUAUUUUGAGCUAUUUUUCAAGCAAAAAUCAAAAACAAUAAUCGGUUCCAGGUUCUCACUUGUGAGGAUUUGCUUCUUUUUUGGUGUGAGCCAUCUGAAGAUGUCUCCUUGUGUUUGAAGAUAUUGUUUUCUUAAUUUUUAGAUGAAUAGACAGAUUUAUUUUCAACCGUCUGAGGCCUUUUUAAUUUUUUUUUAUUUGGUUUCAUUCUUGAUGCUGUAGCCUGUUAUAGAGGAAUACAAAUUGAAAUGGUAUGUGCUAUUGUGAUUUUAUGAAGUCAUUAACUACAGCUAAUAGUAGCACACUUUUUAAGUGUGUGUCAGCUGUGAAUGACAUUUCAUUUAAACUUGUAUGUAUGUAUCUAUAGUUUGUGAUUCAUUUCUAAAUGACAGAAAUUAUGAUGAAUGCGAAGCAAAGUGUUGAAAGCCCGUUGACUCGAGUUUUUAUUAGAACUAACAAACCCUUUAAUUAUUAAUUUAAUUAUUUACCCAAUUAAUUUUAAAGUAAUUUUUUAGUCUAAAAUGUCGGGAAAUAGUGAUGUCCCUCAGUCAAAUCAGCAGCGAUAUUCAGUUUAAUGUUAGAGAGGAUGAAAAAACUAGCAAAUAUUCACAUUAGUGAAGCUGGAUAAAAGAUAAUUUUUGGACAUUUUCUUUGUUAUACAAAUGGCUUUUAAAGGUCUACUAUGCAGGGUGCGUGGGUUUUCUCCAGGUACUCCAGCUUCCUCCCACAGUCCAAAGACAUGCAGAUUAAUUGGUGACUCCAAAUUGUCCGUAGGUGUGAAUGUGUGUGGUUGUCUGUCUCUGUGUGUCAGCCCUGUGAUAGUCUGGUGACCUGUCACUGGUGACCAUGUUUACAGACAGUAGCUGACAAUCCUGCAUAGUAUACCUUUAAAACAAAAAAAAAGAUUUGUGAUUAUCAAAAUUUUUGCAGAUUAAUUUUUUUGACUGGUCGAUUAAUCACUUCUGCUUUAGUGAAUCUGACACCACGUGGAAGGAGGAGAAUAACAGCUCCAGAUACUUCAGGUGACGAUCGAUGUGUCAGGCAGCAGGUGUCACAUGAAGGACGUUGAGACACGACAGGAAGUAGAAGAGCUGCUUCUUUGCCGCCGUCUGUGUCUCCGAAUAUAAAAUCUACUCUACUUAUUACUCUAUUUAUUUUUGUAGGCUUGUCAGACUAAGUUGUGCAUAGAUGAAACUAUUCUACCUGAAUAUACUCUCCUACUAUAGUCUAAUUUUCUAAAGGUAGUUAGUCGCCUUGUUUGGGAUGUGGAGCCUUCUUAUACUGUACACGAGGCUGUUAGAGAUUAAUAACUAAAGCUUUUAUUUUGACAGCUAAUAUUUAGCAUGAUGUUUUAUUAUAGCCUUGAGAGACUUUGGUGUACAUUUAUUGUAACGAUGAUAUAUGCAGAUCUUUUUUAGCGCAGCAACAUUUAACUCUGAUUUAGUGCACUUCAGAAGUGUUGAUAGAUUUAUUUCAUGUGCUUGUUGCUGGUUUCUGUUGACACAUCUCCCGUUGUUCAGGGAGACGCUCCUCGUUAUCGGCUUGUUUUUGUACUCGGACGACUUUGGUUUCAUAGAUUAACGAAAGAAAAACAGGAAUGCUGUUUUAAUAACGGAUUGAGUGACUUCUGCAGAGCUGAUCUGUCCUACUGCCAAGAACCCAGUGACCCCACCCGUCUGGUGCUCCAGGUGAGCUAAAACAAACAAACCCAAGUCUAGUCUGAAGUUAAAUAUUCACUCCGAAUCAUUUCAUCUGCAGUUGUUCCGCAGAUUACUAGAUACUGAUUAUGAUAUAAUAAUAUGAAUUGAUCAUUUCGUACUGAUUUACUGAUUCUCUAUCUGCUGUUUGAUUUUAUUCUGAAAAGAAGACUUCCUGUCAGAGUUUAAUCUAAGUGCUGAGUUCAGACCAGACCCGAGUUCAUUAUAAUAUUAGUAAUGAAGUUAUUUUUUCACCAUUUCAAAGUUGAUGGGUUUUUUCGUUUUUUUGCUUUUUGCUUCGCCAGAUUUUAUUUUGUUGAUUUUGGUAUAUUUUUGAUGCUUAUUUUUCUACACUGUAGAGUUAACAGAGAUGAUUAAAAUGUUUAAAGGAAAAGUUUAAGUGUCUUUUACUUUUUUAAAAAAAAAUAUUCAAGCAGGAAAUCAUCAGCUGUUGAAGAUUCUUGUCUGCUCAGUCACAACAUCAAACACCUGAAACUAAAGCCCCGUUCUGGUGCUAAAAGGUGGAGCUGUGAACACUGCAGUCUGACUGUAGAGGA